UCUGAUACUGCUACUUAUUCUUUAUACCAUUUCACUGAAGAGAAGCUGUGCAGGUGGCUUGUUCAACUUUUAAUGGCUCUUGAUUACUUACACAUGAAUCAUAUCCUUCAUCGAGAUGUCAAGUGUUCAAAUAUUUUUCUAACCAAAGACCAAGACAUUCGUCUUGGUGAUUUUGGACUUGCCAAGAUGUUGAGUUCUGAUGAACUUGCUUCCUCUAUUGUUGGAACUCCCAGUUAUAUGUGUCCUGAGCUUCUUGCUGAUAUACCUUAUGGCUCUAAAUCAGACAUAUGGUCUCUAGGAUGCUGUAUAUAUGAAAUGGCUGCACUGAAGCCUGCAUUCAAGGCAUUUGAUAUGCAAGCUCUAAUCAACAAGAUAAACAAGUCUAUAGUGGCACCACUUCCUACAAAAUAUUCUGGUCCAUUCCGAGGUCUUAUCAAGAGCAUGCUGCGGAAAAAUCCAGAAUUACGGCCUAGUGCUGCAGAGCUUCUUAGGCAUCCACACCUUCAGCCUCAUGUGAUUAAUAUUCAUCUUAAACCCAAUAGCCCUCGGCGCAACAGUUUACCAAAUUACUGGCCCGAUAAUGAUAUAAAAAAAUCCAGAUUUACAGGGCCAGAAAGUGUUCCUUAUUAUAGAGAGAAGAGGCUGUCAUGCGGCAAUGACAGGACUUUGAAUCCCAGUGUUUCUGAAAAUGAUCAUGACUAUUCAUUUUCUGGUCAACGAUAUUGUGAUAAGCCAAGUAGAAUCACUGCAUUGUCUACUGGAAGCACUGAAGGAGGAACCAUCACGAAAAAAGUUACUACAAAGGCUUCGAAUGCAGUCAAGAAUACCAAAGCAACCCUGACAAAAGCUUCUCCUACUCCAAAGAGACUAGCAUCGGCACUGAAACACAAUGAGCUGGUUCCUACUUCAAGAACUUUGGUGAAGAGAUCUGUUUCUACAACUCGUAGAGCGUCUUUGCCCUUGACCACCAAAGCUGCAGCUCGAGAUUUACCUCACAGGCCCAGUCUUGGUGUCUGACAAAAUAGAGGUUUAACACAGAAAAUUAGAGGCUAGUAUUUACUGACCAGAACUGAAAAAUGAUGGAAAACAGAUGUUUCUGAGUUCUGAAAUAACAAAUCUGUGUUAUAUCUUCAUUAGCUAGCUGAUACAUCUAUAUAUACAUGAGAAAAUAGACAAGUUUCCUGAAAUUCUGCACUAUUUACUGCUGCCUAACAUUUCUGCUACCUAACAUUUCUGCUGCCUAACUUUGCUGCUGUUAACUUUACUGCCUAACUUUGCUACUGUUUAUUUUACUGCUGCCUAACACAUAAUAAUUAUAAUAAUCUCAACAAUCAGAAA